GCUGCACCAACUACAACUACUGCUGCACCAACAACUACAGCUGCACCAACUACAACUACUGCUGCACUAACUACAACUACUGCUACACCAACCACAACUACUGCUACACCAACAACUACAGCUUCACCAACUACAACUACUGCCACACCAACAACUACAGCUGCACCAACUACAACUACUGCUGCACCAACAACUACAGUUGCACCAACUACAACUACUGCUGCACUAACUACAACUACUGCUGCACCAACAACUACAGCUGCACCAACUACAACUACUGCCUCACCAACUACAACUACUGCCACACCAACAACUAAAGCUGCACCAACUACAACUACUGCUGCACCAACCACAACUACUGCUGCACCAACUACAACUACUGCUGCACCAACUACAACUACUGCUGCAUCAACAACUACAGCUGCACUAACUACAACAACUGCUGCACCAACAACUACAGCUGCACCAACUACAACUACUGCUGCACCAACAACUACAGCUGCACCAACUACAACUACUGCUGCACUAACUACAACUACUGCUACACCAACCACAACUACUACUGCUGCACCAACUACAACUACUGCUGCACAAACAACUACAGCUGCACUAACUACAACUGCUGCACCAACAACUACAGCUGCACUAACUACAACUACUGAUGCACCAACCACAACUACUGCUGCACCAACUACAACUACGGCUGCAACAACCACUACAGCUGCACUAACUACAACUACCGAUGCACCAACCACAACUACUGCUGCACCAACAACUACAGUUGCACCAACUACAACUACUGCUGCACCAACAACUACAGCUGCACCAACUACAACUACUGCCUCACCAAAUACAACUACUGCCACACCAACAACUACAGCUGCACCAACUACAACUACUGCUGCACCAACAACAAUUACUGCUGCACCAACUACAACUACAGCUUCACCAACAACAACUACUGCUGCACCAACUACAACUACUGCUGCACCAACUACAACUACUGCCUCACCAACUACAACUACUGCCACACCAACAACUACAGCUGCACCA